UCCAGAGUGUCCAGUGUCCAUAUCAUAACAGCGUGUGAUCUCACAUUUUGUAGGUUAUACGACGUUGUUUUCAUACAUUGUAUACAACAUUAAAUAUGGGUAAAAUAAGGAAACGGAAAGUAAAUAAGGGUGAUAAUAUUGAAUCUACUUCUAUCGACGAAGAAUUGCCUGUUGAUUCUAAAGAGAAUGCAAUUCAAACAAUGAUAGAUCAAAUUCAGACCGCUAAUGUGGAAGAGAAGUAUUGUGGUCUUCAAACAUUUGCAAUGCUGAUAGAAAGCCCAGGUAGCUUAGAACAAAUGAUUGAUCGAGGAAUUGUUAAGAUAGUAGCGCCACUUCUAUUUGACCCAGCUUCGUCAAUAAGGAAUGCCGCUGCUGGUUCUCUUAGGAACUUGUCUGCUGUAAGCCUAGACAUGUGUGAUCUUUUAAUGGAACAUGAUAUUAUGACUCCUUUGAUUUGUUAUUUUCAUGAGUAUACAGAAUCUUGGAGUCCAGAUGUUAAUUCUAAAACUAAAGAUGAAGACACGGAUACAAUGAUCCAAUGCACUAACCUCUUGUUAAAUUUAUGCGAAAGUUCAGGUUUAGCUGUAAAAUAUGUGGGAAAUUCACGACUUCUGGAUAUAUUUACAAGAUACUUGGAUAUAUCCACUUUUGGAAAAGAAAUUGUUAUUGCUAUACUGCAGUGCUUGCUUGUAAUAGUAGAGGACAAUCUAUUAGCUAAAGAAAAAGUUAGGUCAUCUUCAGAGAGACAAUUGACAGAAUUAUUGUUAUUGGAAAGCAGUGAUCCUACAACUUUAUUCAUAAAAACACUUGCUGGAGGUGUAAUCAUAACCAUAGGUGGAAACAACAUUGAUGCUCUUCCAAUUGAUGUUAUGAAUCAAAUCUUUGCAAUUUUAGCAAAAACAUUAUCAGUAGAUCAUCGAGUAGCCUGUAAUCAACUGUCAAGUAGUGUGCCAUUAGGUGAUGUAGCUGGAAAAGUAGAAGCCCUUAAAGGGAAAGAAGCUCUACAAUUACAGAAUCAGAUAAAUUCUGUUGCACAUACUUUGGAGAGCCAGAAGUGUGCUAUUGAAAUAAUUGCUAACAUUUGCUCCUGUGAAGGAGAUGCUGUCGAUUCUACAGAUGGACCUGACUCAUCAGAUAGUGAUGAAGAAACAGCUGAUGACGUCUCCAGCAAUGGUGAAGGAAGCUUACUCUAUGAAGACGUAAUACCAGCAGUUAUAUUAGAAGCCUUGAUUUCUAUAGAUAUAUUAAAUAAAGUAUGGACUCGUACACAGUUGCCUGCAGAAAAUGUGCUUAUGAUUUUAAAUGAAUAUGAGGAUACACAGUUAGUUUAUAAAAAAAUACACAGUCUACAAGUACGAGCACUUCUAUGUAUGAACAAUUUAUUGUUAGGCUUACCAACCGAUUAUCUGGGUGGAAUAAAUGGCAUAUAUCGAUUUUGGGUUGAAGCAGGAAAACUUGCAUUUAAACAAAAUUCAAAAAAUUUAGACUUGCUGGAAGCUGCAACAGCUGCUAUGAGAGCAGCUUUGAAUAAAAUAACAAAUAUAAAUAGAGCCAAACCAGCUAGUGAAAGCAAUUUAUUUAGUGACCUAGCCUUAUCAGAUAUUGAGAUAAUGUUAACAGGAAUAAAAGAAUGUCAAGUGCCUGCAAUUAGGGCAAAUCUUUUUCGGAUGAUUGGAAUAUUAGCUUUAUUACUAAUUAAUAAUUUAAAUGAAACCACUUCUGAAGUGAUAUGCUGCAUCACUGAAUUCAUAUUAGAGCAGGCACUCAAAGAAAAUGAAGUAUGGGUACUAGCAGAAGCAAUAGAUACAUUGGUUGACAUGUAUGCAGAAGACGAAACUGAUCAGCUAGCCGCUAAAGUUCAAUUAGUUGAUAAAUUGGCAGUUUUAGCCCCUAUAUUAAAAAAUAAGACAAGACAACAGAAAAAUCUCCCGAAAGAUUACAAGGCCUUAGUAAAAACUGCAAACUCAAACUUACCAAGAUUUAUUAAGUAUAAGAAACAGAGAGUUAGUAUGUUGUAAGCCAUGGGAUCCUAAAUUAUAUUAAUCAUAGUUAAUCUAUGCAUACUGUUUAUAUUUUUAUUAAAGUUACAAUUUAAUUACGUC